UACGUAGAGUGCUGAAAAGGGAGCUGACAGAGCAGGUCAGGUGAGACUGGCCAACAGACGCUAAAGAAGGAGGACCCAGAGCUGAUACUGACACAGCCAACUACUUCUCAGCCUCUGAACACACACACAGACUCACACACACCUGCUGUCACUCCAGCAGAGCAGAGGAGAGCACAGAGGAGGACCUCAGCCUGAGCGGAGACACAAUUAAAAACUCCCUGCUGGGAUCCAAGAAAUCAGUUGACUUUGGCUCCAGGCACAUGCAUUGUCAACCGCAGGGAGAGUGAGCCGACAGCAGCCCAUACAGAUCCACAGAGGGUCAUUUGACAUCUUCAUCAUCGAACAGGAGGGAAAGACGUCCAGUAGAGGACCACACCUGACAACGGAAUUUCAGUUUCAGCAACAAGACAACUGAGUCUCAAUCAGGAUAAUCCAGAAGUUCAGAACAGACCAGGAGGUCCAAAGGACACUGGACAAACGUGAGGGAGGGCUGAAGAUGGAGAACACCCAGCAGGUUUGGCAUGUGCAGAUCUCCUCUCAAGAAGUGGCACAGGAGCUACAAAAGAAGGUGUCAGUAGUGAGCCAGCCAGAGUGCUCCAUCUGCUUCAACACCUACGACAAUGUCUUCAAAACACCCAAACUGCUGGAAUGCACCCACACCUUCUGCCUCGAGUGCCUUUCCCGCCUAAUGGCAGUCUCAACGACGGACAAGGAUGGUGAUGAUGGCAACGCUCGCCUCUCCUGCCCCUUCUGUCGUCACCCCACCGUAUUGCCCGAGGAAGGACCCCCUGCCCUGACCACCAGCCGCGAGGUCCUCUGCAAGCUGCCCACCCACCAGCAGCAUGAAGAACCAGUGUGGCUGGAUGGAGAGAAGUUGUGCUACAGCAGCUCCAGGCAGGAUGGCGGCUCUAACGCUCCUGACAGUCCCGUGCCCUUCUGCAUCUGCAUUGACAUUGGUGCCAGCAAAGAGGCAGCUGCUCCAGUCCAGACACAAGGCCAGACGUCCGGCUUGCUGGGCAGAAUGUCAGACUGGAAGAGGAUGGUCCUCUUCGCUGUGCUCAUGGUGCUGCUGGUUGUGGUUGUGCUGUGGCCGCUGCAGUGUGUAUUCAGCACCGGGAACAUCCGCUGCUUGAGGGACAACCCCGCUACCACAACCGUCAGCCCCUUCACCUGGCCACCUCAUGUGUCACACUAAACUUUAACUGGACUUCAUGAGAAAUGUAGAUAUUAUUGUAUAAUAUUUUAAAUAUCUGACAUUGUAAAUUUCUGGAAAGUAAUUGCACUUUUGAUAAGUGCGCCUGGUAAUUGCUUCACACAACUAUUGAGGCUUCAGAUUUUUUACGUCAAAUAGAACCACACAUGUUAAAGCUGCUGUGGGGAGGAAUGUUAGACAACUGACUUUAGUGCUCCUAGUAUUAGUUUAAAAAAAUAAACCUGGAUUUUCACUCAAAAUUUUUCUGCAGUUAUAUUUUAAGCUAUCAUGUCAUAUGCAGAUCAGCUUACAUUAUUUUGAUUUUUUUCAGUUUUAGUCACAGUAAAAUUGUAAACGUAACAAAUGAUCCUUGUGAGCAGCAUGCAUCAGCAGUACCACAUUACAGACUGAUACAAACGACCCUCAUCAGUAAAGGGAGGGGAACUCUGACAGCAAUCACGUGUUUAGCAACGUGAAAAUAUUCACAGUUGCAAGUUUUUAGCACUUUAAAGCACACCUGUUUUUUGAGAAUAGUUAAGAAUGUCUUGUCCCUAAACUGUGAUGAGCUGGGACACAAACAGGUCAUUCUGUUGUAAGUGUGUACUCAACAAUUCAGUGGUGACGCAGCUACUUGCGCUGUAUCCAAGCUAAACACGAAGCUUUAAAUGCUGGCAUUUCUUCAUGAAAUCUGAACUUUGCUUUGCAAAUAUCAAGCUGGCAGCAAAGAUCCAUUACAAAAGAGUUUGAAUGUAAUUCCAGUGUGCCAAUGAAAACCUUUAUACACUGUACAGUUGAUUGUGUGUUUUGAUAUGUUGUUGUUUACAGAACUGUAAUAAAAAGUGAACCAUUAA